AAGCCUGCCUCAAUAACAAAUUAAUCACUGAUUCACUGACGCUGCGAGGGGGAGACACACACCCAGUUGCUUGUAUCUUUGAAUUUGGCUUUGCCUAGGUGUGAAAUUUUCCUUCUGAGCAAAAGCAAUUCUUCCUAGAAAGAAAAAGAAAAAACAACGAAGGAAUUCAGAAAUGAAUAGUUCAUCACCAGCUCAUUCUUCAAUAUCAACCACAACAAUAAUGGGAGGGAAUAGCAGCAAUGCUGCUUUGUCCACGGAGGAGUUCCAUAUCCCACCUGAUCUCAUUUCAAUUCAAGAGCGCAAAGACGAGGCCUUGCUCGUUCUAAAAUCAGAUCUGAUGGCUUCACUUGAUAAGGAGGUUAAAUCCUUGGAUGAAGAUAACUGGAAGUUUGAGGGACCUCGCUCCCAUAUCCACCUUUUAUCAAGACGAGACCCCUGCAGACAAGCUAAGAAGUUGACUGCUUUUAGCCCACUACUUAGUUGAAGGUGGUUUUUUUCACCAGCGGACAGAAAUUUCGAAGAAUUUGAAUUUGGCUCCACCAAAAUAGUUCAGAAUACUUAGAACGGAAGCAUAGUCCACGUGAACAAUUAAGAGGUUGUGCUUCUCCCUCCCUCUCUCUCUCUUCCUGGCACUCAUGUAACCUUUUCAAAUUAAUUAAAGCUGGUCAAGUGGUGAAAUUCAUCUCGAGCAACAUAUAUUCAUGGAAGGGCUUAAAGUUUCUGACCGCUACAGAACAUACUAUGUAAUGUAGAGUUAGGCCGAGUGAAAGGUUUCUAUCGGUGAUGACCUACUAGGUGUGGCUGUGUGCUUGAGCAGACUUGUGUAUGUUGAUAAAUUGUAACGUUGGCUUAUAAGACGGAUUCUUACUUUCUAA